AUGGCGCAUCCUUACACCGGCGAAGAGGAGGAAGAGCUGUACGACGACGGUGCACCCGAUUUCGGUAUCCAGGGCGCCGACUACGAUGGCAACUACAACGAAGCUGAGGCAGGUCAGUCCUCGCGUUCCUCGUCUGUGGAGUGGGCCAGCAGGUACUCGUACAGCUGCGACAUGCGCGCGUACUCGACGUAAUCCUGUACAUCCGCGCAUCAGAACUCACUGCGUCCCGCCAGUGGCUCGGGUUCUGCAAGUCGUGCAGCUGCCGGCGUCGCAUCCACGCCAACUUUUGUGUCUUUGAUCGCGACCACCCACCACCUCGCACAGCGACUGCAUUCAUGAACAUGUUGAUCACACCGGAAAUCUCCACGCCGACGACCAACAGCUUGAGCAGCGCGCACGGAGCUUCAAGCACCGAGGACCACGCGUGAACUGACCCCCUGUAACCUCGCCCCAGAACAAUACGCGCAACAGCAACGAGUCGCCGAGGCCGCCGCGCACCAGGCCCAACAGGCCGAGGCACUCGCCGCCGUGCCCGAGCCCGUAAAAAAGUACAUCAUGCACCUCUUCAACCUCGUCACCGCCCCGUCCCCGUCCCUGCCCGAGAUCCAGGCCGCGUACGAGCAAGGCUGGGCCCGCUUGACCGACAAGUUCUUUGCAAAGACCGAAUGGCCCGAGGCAGAGACGAUCGCCCCUCUCGUCAACCAUGGUCGGUCGCGUGUUCCUGUUGAUCAUCCCUUUUCUGCACCUCACACCAUUCUCGCUCCCCCCAGACGAGGUCUUUUUGACGCUCUACCGCGAGCUCUACUUCCGACACGUCUAUGCGCGCCUCCAACCCGACAUUGACGACCGCAUCGCCUCGUACGAGAACUAUUGCCAGCUCUUCAACCUCAUCCUCAACUCCCCCGGUCCCGUCCCCCUGUCGCUCCCCAUCGACUGGCUCUACAACAUCGUCGACGAGUUCGUGUACCAGUACACCUCCUUCGCGCUCUGGCGCAACAAGGUUACGGGCAAGACCGAUGAGGAGAAGCAGAUCCUUGCCGAAUCGAGCCAGGUCUGGUCCUGCUACUCGGUCCUCAACGUCUUGUACUCGUUGAUCCAAAAGAGCAAGAUCCAGGACCAACUCGCGGCCCAGGCCGAAGGGAUCGAGGACGUCGAAGCAAUCGCCGGCGAGUUCGGUUCGAUCCGACUGUACUACCACCUCGGCUACUUUUCCAUCCUCGGCCUCUUGCGCGUUCACGUUCUGCUCGGCGACUAUACCCUCGCCUUGCAAAUGCUCGACGGCAUCGACCUCAACAAGAAGGCGCUCUUCACGCGCGUCACCGCGGCCCACGUUGCGACCUACUACUACGUCGGUUUUUCGUACCUCAUGCUCGGUCGUUACCCCGAUGCGAUCCGUGCCUUGUCCCACAUCCUCUUCUUCGUCCUCCGUCUCAAGCACUUCCAACGAGGCUCCCAGUUCGACCAGAUCAACAAGACCGCCGAUCGGAUGUACGCCUUACUCGCGAUCUGUCAGGCCCUGUGCCCGACCAAAGUCGACGAAGGCAUCUCGACCGCGGUGAAGGACAAGUUCGGUGACCAACAUGCCAAGAUGGCGCGAGGGGGUGCCGAAUCUCUGCCUGCGUUCCAGGAGAUGUUCUCCCUCGGUGCACCGAGGUUCAUCUCCCCCAACCCACCGCCUUACGAACUCGAAUCCAACGACGCCCUCACCUCGUACGCCGCAUUGCCCGACGCCUCGGCCCACCAAACAACCAUCUUCCUUGGUUCGGUCGAGAGUCAAUUAUCGACAUCGACGUUGAGGUCCUUUUUGCGAUUGUACACGACCUUGGGUACGGACAAGUUGGCCAAGUUCCUCGAAGUCGAGGAGGACGAGGUGUUGGAGAUGUUGAUGGUCGCCAAGGGGGCGGCACGCAAGUUGACCUGGACCGAAGGGUCCUUGUUGCAAGGCGAGGUGUUUGGCGUUAGUGAUAUCAACUUUGGCAUCGACGAGGUAAGUCUCCCCCUGAAUAACAAUCAGAGCACGAAGCGAUGCUAACCCCACACCGUCUCUUCCUCUCUUCCUCAGGGCCAUCUCACCGUCGCGCAGUCGACGACCUCGCGCCGCUACGGCGACUUUUUCCUCCGCCACGGCCUCAAAUUCUCUGACGUUUACGAGAACCUCAAGAACAAACCUUUACCCGUUCCCAAGAACCCCAACGGAAACAACGCCGGAGCAUCGGCAGCCAAGCCUUCGCAGAUAAACAGUGAAGCACCCAAGUCUUCGACGACGGGUAGCAAGGGGGUCGCUUGGGCCAAGGCUUGA